CGGCAGACAGACAAGUGGAGCUCCUCCCGCAGACAGACAGGUGCACGGACAGACAGGUGGAGCUCCUCACGCUGCAGUGAUGUCGGUGUCUCCCGGCCUUGCCGACCUCUCCCGCCUGUACCAGACUGAGUUUGUGCGGAGCGCCCGGGCCGUUGGCGUCCUCUGGGCCGUCUGCACUCUUUGCUUUGCCAUCAUCCAGGUGGUUAUCCUGGUGCAGCCGUCCUGGAUCUGCACCACAGACGUUCACCCGCAGCAGGCGGGACCAGAGCCACCCAGCGGCACACUGGGACUGUUUGAGGUGUGCAUGGAGUCAGACUGGCCGGUCCCAGACUGUCACGGUGGUCUGUCCACUCUGUCUCCACUGCCGUCCUUGCAGUCGGUGGCGGUGUUGGUGGGGGUGUCUCUGUUGGCGGUGUGGACCAGCGUCCUCUGUCUCUGUCUCUUCAGGUUCUGCAGCGCCGCAACGGUUUACAAGAUCUGCGCCUGGCUGCAGCUGACUGCAGGUUUUUGUCUGGCGUUGGCGUGUCUUCUGUUUCCUGACUCAUGGGAGAGUCAGGAGAUGAAAGCUCUGUGCGGAGACUCGGUGGGCAGCUUCUCUCCAGGUAACUGCUCAGUUCACUGGGCCUACAUUCUGGCCAUCCUGGGAGUUCUUGAUUAUGCCAUCUUGGCCACACUGGCCUUUGUCCUCGCCAACAGACAGGACGCCCUACUUCCACCAGACACCCAGGAAGUGACCACAGGUCUGCUGAUGACGGCAUGAAUCAGCAGGGAUGUCCGGUCUUCAUUUCUUCAACUCUGCCCGAUCUCUUCAUCCUCCAUCAUCAUCAUCAUCUGUUUCUGCAUUUCAUGGCACGACUGUCUCCUUCAGCUGCAAUCGUUCAUUGCUGCAUGAUGUUUCCAGGAGGAGUUGUUUAGUGUUGAACAGAGGAAUGUAACAACAGGAGGAAAGAGGCGCUGCGGUGGUGAGUUCGGUGUUCGGGACAUUCGGUCGCUGUUCAGUCGAAGAAAAAUGGUGAGAAAACGAGCGGGAUGGAGUAAAUCAAAGGAGAACUAAGCCCCUUUUAGACCUGCAGUUUUUAUCUUCACUCUCACAUUAGUGUUACCGUCGUAACACCUGUGUCAGCAGGCUGGACGCACCUCGAACAGAUGCCGUCAGCACAGGUCAUUUGAGUCACAGGUGAUUUUUUUUAAGUAACCACUGGGAGCAAAAUGAAGUGUUGGUACUCGAUGAGCACAGUUAAUAGAUUGCUACAUAGUAACAUUUCUAUCUACAGUGUGGCAACCAUCAGGACAACUUUAAAACAGAAACAAAGUCAUCCCACACAUUAAAUUAAAAUAUAUUUGGGAUAUUUUGUAGAAAAAAUAAAGUCAGCAAAUUUCUCUCCCAACUUCCUGUUCUGUCAAGCCAUCCUUUUAGCUUAGUAUGAGCAUUAUCUUAUGGUCCAUUAAGCCUUAUGUUUUAAAAUUAAAUACGAAAGUUGUCGAAAAUCUGCUUUGUAGUUAAAAGUUAAAAAUCCAGUUAGCAGCCUAGUGGCCUGGUGUUGAAUAUUCAUGUUAAACAUGAUGUUGUAAAGGUAAUGUAAAGGUAAUCCCUGUGACUUCCCCGCAAAUUUCAAGAUGAACAUGUGGCCCAGCAGUGAGAAGCACAAUUGUUAGACAGUAUUAUUGUACCCUUAAAUUUAGAGGAAGUGGUCUUGCUUGGCAGUUAACUGUCGCUGUUUUGUUCUCUGAAGAAAGAAGUCCUUUGCAAAUCAGUGCCACAAAUCUGUGUCCAUGAGCCAAGAGUAUUCUCUGUACUAUUUAGAGUACUCAUUUUCUCUUAGCUCUGUGGAGUACCGUUUGAAAAUAUGGAGUUGGGAAUGAGCUAAAUAGACCCACUUGAAUGUAAAAGUGAUGGCAUGUCACUUUGAUGGAUUUAGGUCUGAAAAGGGCUUAAAAAGGUUAAAGAAUAAAAGAAGAGGGCUGCUGUUACAAUAUGUUGGGUCUGAAGAUCAGUGGUCCCAUGUUGUAUAAAAUCAUCUUAUGUCAUUUUUCAGCAUUUAUUAAGUAAAGCAUUGUUUUAAUCAAAGUGGUUAACCUAGCUUAGCACAAGCACUAGAAGCAAGGGAGACCGUUGUCUAGCAUAGCCAGAUUUAUGUUAAAUGUGUCCUAGGUAGCAGUAGCUUCUACCAGUAAUGUAUUCAGCAUGAAUAAAUGUCUUAUUUACAUUGUAUAUCAUAUUAUCUAGCAGUUAGUCAUCAGGAGUCGGAAUGAAGUUAGCAUUAGCUUUAUGAUAUACUCCUAUGCUUCCAGCCUGAUGUUUAGCUAGGUUAGCUUGCUUUGAGUUAGCUACAAGUUCAUUUAGAUUUGUGUUAGCUUAAGGUGUUUAAAUGAAUAAAUUGCUCCUAUAGGAUAAAUAGUACUAGAUGGAUUGUUAGUAUACAUUAGCCUUUAUGUCUAGCUAGCUUCUUUAGUCAACCAAACCUCUUUGAUUCCCUUUCUAGCUAACACGCUUAAGCGCUGCAUCUGAAAUAAUCUAUUUAUUAGGAUAAAAUCUAAAGUAUUUACUAACCAAACAACUUGUGGAACAACCCUUCAGUCUCAGUGUAAAUGGGCAGUCGAGGCCAGAAGUUUAUAUACACUCAUCUGUAAUGAUUUCUUUGAAAUGUUCUUUUCAUCAAAUGAUCAUACAGCAUACAUCUUUAAUGACUGUUAAAGCAGAAGUUUGAAUUUAUUUAUUGUUUUUCCCUAAGAGUCAUACAGGCUCACAGUUGACCAAUCUUCUUGACACUAAUGACAGAGUUCAUUUAUAUUGGUUAGGACCUUAGUCUGCUUUAUCCAUCCCAAAGCCAGUUUUGUUGUGUGUUUGGAAUCAUAUUUCUUCUAGAAUGUCCAGUUGUGUCCAAGUCAAUCAUGUGGAAAUGGUCAUUCUUCAUUAUUCUACACGGUGGGCCAUUUAUAUGGAUAC